AUGUGUCUCCGCGAAAACCCGAAUAUAAUCGCUGGCCUACCUGCUUUCCGGGAUUGUAUAGUAAAAUUUAUCGUCCAAGUCGUCACAAACACCUAUCAGCAUAUACCAAAGACCCUCCUCGGUCAGUUUCUGGACAUGUCUGGACCUGAACUUAAUCAGCUGAUCCAAGCGCAUGGUUGGACUGAGUGCCCCAAUCAAGGAGAUCCCCAAGGUUGUCCAUUGAUUUUGGUGAAAAAGCACGAAGAGAAUGUAAAGUCAGUUAAAAUCCAGGAACGUGUCAACUUCGACGCAAUCACUUCUAUGUCCGGUGCGUUCCGACCGUCAAAGGGAGAAUUCUUUAUUAAAACCGGAUCCUGA